AAAACAAAACAAAAAGAAUCGGCCAAGCCCCCACCAUUACGUACUUACAAAUGAUGGAGCUUAAUGGAGGGUGAAGUCACAUGGCGCGGUCAAGCCCCAUAAUAAGACAUGGUCUAUGAGGAGUGCGUAUAUUGUACAACCGGCUGUACUAGAAAUAAGAGCCGAUGAAGUCGCAGCCGCUUCACAAUUUCUCUCUGCCGCUGGCCCAUUUGAAGUGGGGCCACAAGGCCCACCAUGCGUCCUCCUCCAACCACCGCUUCCGCCGCCGGAACUCUCCCGUGUCCGCCGCCGCCGAUACACAUACACAGGCUAACGUCUUCCGCCGUCGCUCUCCUCCGUCCCACUCUGAUGGCGGUUCAGACUCGGAGGCUCGCCCUAAGCUUCCUCCGCGCGGAUCGCCGUCAGAUUCCCCGUUCUCUCCUUGUUCUUCCGCGAAAACGAAACGGACGCCGUGCGAAGAAGAGGAAGGAGGGCGGCGGUUGAAGCAGCGGCGCGUGGAAAACGGCGCCUCCUUGCUCCGGGAGGAAGGAGAGGCGAAGGUGUGGAAUCUGAGGGGGAGAAGGGCGAGGGGGACUUCGCCGGAUAGGAAAGUUGAAAUGCUGGAAACCAAUUGCUGGGUUGAGAAGCAUAGCAGCCAUUUGCCGCCCAAGUCUCAGAGGCUCAGAGGGAUUGUGGAAGGAGGGCAAGAAAAGAAGGAGAAGAAGAGGAAGUUCUGGAUCUCACUUUCUAGAGAGGAGAUUGAGGAAGAUGUGUAUGCAUUGACUGGGUCUCGGCCUGCUCGGCGACCCAGAAGACGGCCCAAAGCCGUUCAAAAGCUCGUAGAUAAUCUCUUCCCUGGAUUGUAUUUGGUUGGACUCACAGUUUGUUCGUAUCGAGUUCAAGAGUCUCUGUGACAGAUGUUGUAUGGUUGAGCCAGCUGAACUCUUCAUGCUUAGAACUUAGGUAGUGCUCUAGUUUGUUGGGAACCAGGGAGAUAAUGAACUUGACAAUUAGCUGCAACAAUGCCUCAAUUGGAGGUAUAAAGAACCGAGUUGUGUAAAAGGAAAGGGUUUGGCCAUAUUUGGAAUAUAUGUUUAGUCUUUAUAUUUAGUAGUAGUUCCUAUGUCUAAUUUUUGGGCACUUGAUAUGAAGAUUGAUGGCUAGGUUUUGUAUAUGUUGGUAGAUUGAAAUAUGUUCAAGACAGGAAAAAAACAUUUACUGGCUUCCAGACUCUGUUUGGAGGCAUCACUCAUAUUUAGUAUGGAUACUAAAACCAGUUGGUUGGAGUGGCUUUUACCUGAUUUAGCAGAGCCCACCCACAAUAUAUCUUUGCCAAGUACAGCACGGGGCAAAGAGUAAUUCAAAAAACUACAAGAGAUGUAUAUGAGUCGAUCUUCAAACUAUUCCUAUGUUGAUUUUGUAAUCUUCAGUUUCACUCCAAUUAAAGUAGUGAUUAUCACUUUCAUCCUUUUCAUAUCUUUGGCGGAGCUCAGUAUAAAUUGCACUGAUCUACGAACAAUAAUGGGGGCGGUUCUGAGAUCCGUUUUGAGCAAAGCUAAUCAUCCAGAGCGAUUGGGGUUCCAAUAAUCUGUUAGCUACUCUCCCCACUCUUCAAAGACUUGGACGACUUAUCAAGCUGAAUUCGCAUUGUUGUCUCACACUAAUCGCACGGUAGAAAUAAAAGAUCUCCAUGUUGGCGCAUAAAAGUGUGAGAAUGUUCACAUUUUACAUGUGGACCUUUAAAAUCAUGGAAUCACAACUCUUUCCAUUAACUGCUAGAAGCCCACCUGCAAGAGAUUUUCUUCAUGAAGUACUAGUUUUCUCUAUUUUUUCAAGCCAAAAUUUUCAAAAACUUUAGAGUUUAGGACAUUGGAUUUCUGAAAGAAGUUUAAGGUGUGUUGUGAACAUAAGGCCGCUUUAUUCUUCAUAAACUUACUUCACGUUUUCAUUUAAUACUUAUUACGCUCUUUUCUUAAGUUUGUUUAUUUUCAGAUUCAAUGUAUCAUAUCAUUAUGCGAAACAGAGAUUCUAUGUUCGUGAUAGAAAAACAAUUGAAUAUCAAUGAACAGACAUUGAUGAUGGGUCACCUUAUUGCUUGAUGGCCUCCCCCAUCGGCUUGGCACUACCCUCUGCCAAUCAUAUAUGUAUGCUCCUCCCCUUUGGAUUCCAGUAGUGUCAAAUAUCCUAGGUCCUGUCUGUUGCAAUAGUAGACAAUCAUUUGUCUACAAUCAUCAACAUUGCAAAAAAAGCUUGUCCCAUCUUUCAUUUUUACACUUGUGGUAGAUAAACCCUGCCAACACAUCAAGAUAUUCGUCUCCCCCAAGCUUAUGUCCAUAAUGAACAUGAUGUAGUGGACACUCUCGCCCAUAGCAUUUCCAUCACAGGCACUACGAUGAUUGUAUGCUCUUCAAAGUGGCCACCUUCGGCUUAAAACAUUAUAUUAUUGUCGGGUGAUGAUUCAUUACAUAUUCUGCUGUACUCAUUUUAAACACAAAGAGCCAUUUAUGAUUCAUGGUCUAUUAUGACAAAACCACCCAUUAGUAUGCCAUUGCAUUGUCCUCCUUACCCUUAAACCCAAGUCAUGGUUAAGAGAACAAUAUAAUAGUAUAUACCAAAUGGUGGUAUUGUCAGAACCAAAAAUUGAAUAAAAAAUGGCCCUUUGCGUUUAAAGAAGGGGAUGCAACAGAGUAGGUAACGAAUCAUCCUCCGACAAGCAUAGAAUGUUUUAAGCCGGAGGAGGUGGUCACAUUGAAGAGCAUACAACCAUUGUGGUGUCCAUGAUGGAACUGCUUUUGGUGUAACUGUCCGCUACAUCAUGUUCGUUGUACGUGGACAUAUGGUCGCGUGGAGAUGUUUAUCGUGGUGUGCAACAUGUUUUAUCUGCUACUAGGUCAGAACUGAACAAUGAGACAAGUUAUUUUAUCUUAAGAAUAUAGCAAUGUUAUUAGAAUCGGACCGGACCGGCUGGUCCAAUCGGUCGGACCGUGAACCGGUUAGCACUUCGGUUCUCUUCAAUUGUAAAAACUAGAUAUGCAUUGACCCGCCCAAACCCGGUAGACCCGGCAGAAUAGGUGGACCGGGUUGACCUAACCGGCCCAAGGUUGGGUUCAAAAUUAAAGUUUUUGUUUGUCU